UCUCGCGGGGGGAUUCUAAAAGCAUUCGAAAAUGAAAAUUGUUGAAUCUCUAUGUAGAAACAUUUUAAAAGGAUUCUUUCAUUUCUCUCGAUUUUCUCGAUUUCGUUUAAUUGUUGUCUCUUCAUUCUAGAUGGGAGAUUAUAGAUCUUCACUAUUAAUCAAUGAAGCAAAAUCACCAUGUUAUGUGGUUCACUUUCCAUAACAUCGAUCAGCUCAACAGCAACAAACAGCGAAUUCAAAAAGAAUUUUUUGUCAAACUUGGUCUACAUGUCGAUAAACCGCACGCUGGCUUCGGCAAUAGCAAUAACGGUGUUCCAGCAAGACGUUUUUUCCAAUGCAGAAUUUUCUUUGGAGAUAACAGGAGUUGAUUUAAAUUUAAUCCAGCGAUUUCAGACGCUGCUAGCAACGAUUUCGAGUGGCGAAAGAAUUGAUGCAUCAAAAUUUAAGUCCAACGCUACCGUUCAUUAUUACAUCGUUCAUCAUCAUUAUUACGUAAAAUUGUAUGGUUGUUCAACAACAGCACAAAGCAAAGCCUUGGUUCUACAUUCCGAUUCGGAACUUGACCCUCUGUUUAUUAUACACAGACUUCGCAGCCAACUGUUUGAUGUACAGGACAAUAGCGGGGCUAGCGCUACGAUCCUACUGACACUAACAGUAUCUCCCGAGCCGAGACUUGAACCUACGACGACUGACUUGUUAGGCCAGCAUCGUACCUCGAGACCAACUGGAAGGUCACAACAGUACACAAAUGACUAAUUCAAGGAUGUGAAUUAAUCGUUUAAUCUUCGAGCCCCGUUGGCAAACUUUCGGCAGGAGCCCAAGAAAGCAUGAAUAAAGCAAUCCGGAAAACACGAGAAAAUAAAGGCCUGGAAAGGAUCACGUGAGAGAACUAUCGGUGACAUGUUUCGUGAGCUGCUAAUUGCGUCAGAUCCGGUAGUUUCGAGCAUUAGACACAACAACAAAUCGAAAAGCACUUUCACAUAAGAGGUGGAAGAUUUAUAAUUUUCAGUCAUGAUGAUACUGACGAUGACGAGUAAAAUGUUAAAACCUAAUGCAAUGAAUUUUCAUGUAAAUUUAAUAUAAUUAUAUGUGUUCUUUUACCUUGUUUUCACAUGUGAACGUAAGCCGAUGAUGUUCUUCUAGAACAAUUGAAUGAAACUACUAACUACUUCGGUAAAACAACGUAACUUUCACAAAUCACCA